AUGGACGCGUCCUCAACUGCCCAGGUGCCGAUUUCGGAGUUUCAAAGAUGCAAUUCGUGCCACACCAUGAAAUCAGUUGGAGAAGAACACUUCAAGGCUCGUGCCGAUGGAAAUUUAUUCAAGACAUGUGGCGAAUGCCUGGACAAGAAAAAGAAAGCUCGUUUGAACAAACUUAGACUCAGGAAUGCAAAUAAGGAGAAUCUUACGCAGGCUUCAGAAGAAGGCUCAGAUGACCGGAUACUGAGUCCCCCACUCGAAUAUGAGGACAGUGCUUUGUUCCAAGGCAUGAAAAUUGUCAAGCUUGAUGCCUUCGUUCAAACGUUGUUGAAAACUGGAGGCAAAAUCGACGUAGUCACCGCGAAAGUGAACGUAUCUGGGACGGAAGCGUCAAGUUCUCGCGACAUGGCCGACAAAGUUGCGAAGGCGAUUUGGGAAUGCUCCGGGUAUCGGUUCAUUUACCACAGCUUCUACAUGCACAAACUGUCGUUGUCCUCGAAGUUCCGAUACUACUGCGCACAGAUGUACUCACGCCAGCGAACCAAUAAGGAUUGCGAGAGUAUAAAAGAACGCAGAAAGCCCUCUAUGCAAACUUUUCAAUGUCACGGAUGGCUUUUUAUGACCGUUUAUCAGGAAUUGCAUGUGGUUGAAGUCAGUGUGCAACAUAAGGAAAAGCAUGUACCCUAUCGGUGCAUUGACGUCCCACCAGCUGUUCACGAAUUCCUCAAAGAUAAUCCGGGGAUAUCGUUUGCCCAGCUUUGGAAGAAAAUACUGGAAAUGGACCCAGCUCCUGGAUAUAGCAGGAAAGCUAUGCGUCAGUAUAGGAUAGCUAUGGGUCGACAAAGUGACGACAAGAUGGAAACGAGAUGCUGA